CCGAUACAGUGCUAAGGGAGAGUUAGUAAAGGACAUCACUUUAUUUAUCUGCGUAUGUGAUCAUAAAGUGUCGAAAGAAAGUCGUUGUUGAAAAUUUUAGGAAUCGGGACUUCAGCAGUAAAUUAAUUCUGAAAUAUGUUUCGUCUUCUCGUGGUGGUGACGGUGCUCUUUAUGACGACUGACGCGCAGCAAUAUCACUGGACUUGGCAAACAACUGACAAUUUACCAAAAGUUCCUCCAGUUCAUAAUCUUCCUUCAGUACAUUUGACCAAUAUUGACAACGUGAUUUAUUAUGGCACUAUUAGCAUUGGAGCUCCACCGCAGAACUUUAAAGUUGUAUUUGAUACUAGUUCCCCAUAUCUUCGAAUAUUUAAAGUGCUCAAAAAUCCUGUUGCUUUGGUACGUACUAAAAAUACGUAUAUACGUUUGGAAUUCAACCCAUAUAUAAUAAAUAAAAGUAGACUACUUCAAGUACGAUACCUCGAUUACAAUGUAACAGGAUUCCUAUCUAACGGUACAGUAAAUAUUGCCAACCUCAAUAUAGAGAGGCAAACAUUUCUAGAAGUGGUAAACAUAUCAGACGAACAUAUACUUGAAUUGUACUCAAAUAUAUCUAACAGAAAAUUUGAUGGUCUUUUGGGCCUGAGUUGUUUCGACAUAUUCACUCUCAAUGAAAUAAAGCCUGUCUUUUACAACAUGAUUCAACAGGAACUAGUGUCAUCAGGCAUUUUCAGUCUUUAUCUAAAUAGAAACGCUUCAGCCGAUUUGGGUGGUAAAUUGAUAUUCGGUGGUUCCGAUCCUGCUUAUUACGAAGGAAAUUUAACAUAUGUUGCUGUUACUCGCAGAGGAUACUGGCAAAUUAAAAUUAUUAAUAUCCAACUAAAUAAUUUUACUUGGUGCGAGAAAAGCUGUCAAGCUAUUGUUGACACAACUACUUGGAAAAUAAUUGGACCAGAAAAGGAUGUUUCACAUAUUAAUCGACUUAUUGAAACUAAUUCACAGGGAAGUGUGGACUGCAAUAGAAUUUCUCAAUUGCCUAUAAUCAGAUUUAAUUUGCCUGGUUUUAAUUGGGUUAAUAAUACGUUCGUUCUUACCGGUAAUGAUUAUAUCAUUCGGGAUCCACAUGAUAAAAAUACAUGUGUAACCGUCUUCCGGAAACACGAGUCAAAAUAUGACGAUUAUGUAAAAUGGGUUCUGGGGAUGCCAUUUAUUGGCCGUUACUACACUGAGUUUGAUGUGGAUAGAGGCCGAGUGGGAUUUGCUUUGGCAAAAAAUGUAUAAAAUUUAUCAAAAUGUUUAGAAAAUCUUUCAUUGUCAUCUUUUAUUGUGUACUUAUCAUCAUUUUUUAAAUUAUUUGUUUAAUUUUCGAUAAGAAAACAUUUAAUUUUCUAAUCGGCAACCGACUUAGUUCGCAGAUUAUCAAUGUGAAUUUUUGCGUAAUGCCUACAUAAGUGCGACUUAAUUUUCAACAGCAAUACUUUAUCGUGAAUGCAACUGAUAUGGGCUUAUAGUUAUUUGGAAUGCGAAUUUUUGCGAGUAAUUGCAUUCGCUAAUGUCAUUGUUGCAUGGCCGUCUAAUAAUCGAUAUAAUCAAUCUAUUCUUUCGAAAAGCUGAUUACUCCUUCAUUAUCAAUCUUAAUUUAGCGCACACUUAAUAAUUUAUUUUAAAACAAUUAUUUUUAUUUGUUAUAACACAAAAUAUUAAAUAAAAUAUUUUUAAAUUUGAUUGAUCAAUAGGACGGAUGAUCAAUAAAAAAGUUUAUGUUUCGAAUGCGAGCGAUUGUAUACAUAACGGCCGCCAAAUGUCGAUGUAAAUGAUAGCUCUAGUACAAUUUCUUUUUUGUAUGUCGUAACGUACAGAAAGAAAUUUACUGGAAAUUUCGAAAACAUGUUCCGUUUUCUCGUGAUAACUGUGAUGCUGACCAACGCGUAAAUCCAUAACUAAGUUCAUUCAUUGUAUUGUAAGUUUAAGUUACAUAUCAGUAUAAUAAUUAUUGAAUUUAAAAAAAUUAACCUAUUUCAUUGUGAUCGCAAUCGAUUUUCUGAGAUCCUAAAAUUAUGUAAAUGUGGUUGCAUACAUAGAACG